AUGAGGAGCGACGCUUUCGCGAUUGGCGAUCUUCCGGUCGGAGCUGCUGCAUCCGCUCGUCCGAUCUUCGAUAGUCAAGAGCUCGAGUCUACCCCGAUCGGUACUAUCAUCGCACCUCUGGGCGAUUAUGUUCUGGUAUGGGACGAAGACUGCUUGCCGCCGUCAAAGCUGGAGCCUUGGCGACAUAUGGCCGAUCCCCUUGCUGACGAUGUUGUCCGCACACUUGGCCUCAAAGCAGGACAAGAUGGACUUCAGCGGAUCCUAGAGCACCUAAAGCUUCCGGAGUCGGAGCAGUCGGAAAGCAUCAAAGAGUUCUGGGCGCAGAUAGCUCGCGACCCCCCUCCAGGAGUGUCCGCAGUUCCUUCCCACGACAAAACAUACACUCCUCGCUCCACCCUCGCCACACCCAACUAUACACCUCCGCCAACUCUCGCAGAAGGUCAAGCGAUCUUCUGGCGAUACUCGGUCCAGAUCUUCUCGGCGUUACUGCAUUUCAGUCUGGCGGGCGGGUUCUCGGCCAACAGGGUCAUGAAUGUCCUGCGGGAGACGAGCUACUUGACUGGCGAGUCGAGAGAUCGGACGUAUAAGCGAUUAUUGGAGACCACGCAGGCGAUUAUGGACUACAUGAACGACAUGACGCCUGUGACGGGGACGGGCUGGAUGUCGGCCAUUCGGGUCAGGCUGCUACACGCCUCGGUCCGAGUCAGGAUUGCGGCGGGGAUGGGGAUGAAGAAGGUGUAUGAUGAUAAGGUAGACGGGAUCCCGAUCAACCAGGAGGAUAUGCUUGCUACUCUUGGCUCUUUCGCUAUCGCUCCGCUCUGGUCACUGCGGCGCAUGGGGUUCAAGCUUUCGUCUGAGGAAGAGGCAGCUUACGUAGCCACCUGGAGACAUAUCGGGUACUACCUCGGCAUCCCAUCUGACAAGCUCGCACAGCACUACUCUACCGUCCAACGCGCCGAAAAGCUCUUUGUCAGCAAUACCAUGCACCUCUUUAACCUCGACUACAUCACCGACGACUACCGCUCCACUCACACCUACCGCCUCCUCGCGUCCGUCUCGAACCGCCCGCCCCGGUACAAUAAGGUCGAGUCCUCCCUUGCCAUGUCCCGCUUCCUCCUAGGCGAUGGGCUCGCCGACCGGCUUGCACUCCCGCCCACGCCUAGGUUGUCCGCCAUCAAGAUGCACGCCGGCUUUUGGGCCGAGCGAGGGAUGAAGGCGUUCGGCCGUGCGUAUAGGGUCGGAUGGGAGGUGAAGCGAAUCGAAAUGACGCGGAUGCUGGUAUUGAUGAUUGUGUGCUGGCAGCUUGGGGACAGGCGGACCAAGUUUACCAUCAAGGAGUUUGCGGAGGAGCUGGACAAGCUGGAUAUACCCCGGGAGAAGGGGGAGGUGAAGGAACAGAAGGAGGUCAACCCGGAUGAUGAUGAGUUGGAUCCGGAAGUGAGGAUGGGGCCGGAGGCGGGCAAGGCGAUCGUAAAGAGGUGGAAGUGGCUCUUGAUUGAGAUGGGGGCGGUAGUUGGCGGGGUAGGCUUAGGGCUGGCGGGUGUAGGGUAUUUUGCGGUCAGGCGGUAUCUUCUGUAG